AUGGCAUGUGUAGCACUACAUCACCUGGUCAUUGCACUUAUUCUAGCCAUGGUGGGCACAUUUUCUAUUAGUUACUUAAUUUCUGCAUCAGACCAUCAUAUCUCCGUUUUAUUUCCAUAUAUAAGUGACACUGGAGCCUUACCACCGGAAAGUUGUGUAUUUGGUCAGCUACUCAACUUAUGUUCAUUUUUAAGUAUCCUAUGUAUUUAUGGUUGGUAUCUACAUGAAUGUGUUGUAAUACAUACCCGUGGUGGACCUCAUUCUCACAUUAUGUUUGCUCGUAUUACUUGUUUCAUUGGUUGUUUAUCUGCUCUUGGAAUGUCGAUGGUUGCUAAUUUCCAGGAAGCUACUCUUCUAACCGUUCAUCUGAUGGGAGCACUGUUGGUUUUUGGACUGGGAAAUGUAUUCACUGUUUUGGUAACUUAUUCUACAAGAAAGCACUUAGAAUAUAACCACAAGAUAUUUGUUAUACGCGCUACUUUAAGCGCAGUCAUUUUGUUGGCUCAUAUAGGAACUCUUGUUUUCGGUGUUAUGUGUACCUCAUUAACUAUUCCUUUGCCUAAGAAAUGGGAUCCAAAUGAAAAAGGGUACAUAUUUCAUGCGUUGAGCAGUACAUGUGAAUGGCUAAUGGCCUUUUCAUUUUUAUUAUUUUUCGCUUCAAUGUCUAUGGAACUGAAAAAUUACGUAUUAGAGCCAGUUAAAAUACGUAGCAGACGUACGGAACCGGAAAUCACCGAAGAGACUGCCCUUCUUACUUGA